UUGAAAGCUUUACAGGGUAGCAUUGCUUGGAGACACAAAGAUCACAACUUCAGACCAAAAUUCUAUCAUGAGCGCAUGCUUUUCUUGCUCUCUGAUACGUUCCUCACCACUUAUUCAGGACCCUUACCUUUCAUGGCCGCUCGCAAAAUUAGUUCGGCCAAUUAGCUCUCUCAGGCUCAGAAAAUAUUCCAAUGCGUCUCCAAGAAUCGUCGUAAGAGCUAUCGAACAAGGCCUAGGUGUUGUUUCAACAGACGACGUGUCGCUACUGCAGGACCCUCCGUUGAUUGAUGUUGAUACCAUAGAGUUUGUAAAUGAAGAGGUUCACGGAGUCAUUGUUGGAGUCGCGGACACCAAAUCAGAGGAUGAAGCCCUAACUCCGUCCACUAGAGUUAAGAAGAAGAAGGAGGUUGAAGACAGCUCCGAGAGUAGGUUCAAGCUAAGGAACGGAAGGGAGAUUUUUGAAGAAAAAGCUUACGUUGUGGGUGUUGAGCACAAACGUAGUAAUACUGAGGUUUUAUUUGGUGUAGAGGAAUCACUCAAGGAAUUGACCCAGCUAGCUGAUACUGCUGGACUUAUGGUUGUUGGUUCCACAUAUCAAAAACUCGUUUCUCCAAACUCAAGGACAUACAUUGGAUCUGGCAAGGUUGCUGAAAUCAAGAGUGCAAUUAACGCAUUGGGUGUUGAGACUGUCAUAUUUGAUGAUGAGCUCUCAGCAGGGCAAUUGCGCAAUUUGGAAAAGGCUUUUGGUGGGGAAGUUAGAGUUUGUGAUCGCACUGCCCUCAUUCUGGAUAUUUUUAACCAGCGGGCAGCAACACACGAAGCAGCUUUACAGGUUGCAUUGGCACAAAUGGAAUACCAGUUACCUCGGCUAACAAAAAUGUGGACGCAUCUUGAGCGUCAAGCAGGAGGCAAGGUGAAGGGAAUGGGUGAGAAACAAAUUGAAGUGGAUAAACGUAUCUUACGUACUCAAAUUGGUGUUCUCAAGAAGGAGCUAGAAUCUGUUCGAAAGCAUAGAAAGCAGUACCGGAAUCAGCGGCUUUCAGUACCUGUUCCGGUAGUAUCUUUGGUUGGGUACACUAAUGCUGGAAAGAGUACUCUUUUAAAUCAAUUGACUGGAGCAAAUGUGCUGGCUGAGGAUCGAUUAUUUGCAACCCUAGAUCCAACCACAAGAAGGGUUCAGACGAAGAAUGGGAAAGAGUUUCUUCUCACAGAUACUGUUGGUUUCAUUCAGAAGUUACCAACCACAGUGGUUGCUGCCUUCAGAGCAACACUGGAGGAGAUAUCAGAGUCAUCAUUAUUAGUGCAUGUGGUGGAUAUCAGUCAUCCGCUAGCUGAGCAACAGAUAGAUGCUGUGGACAAAGUUUUGUCAGAACUAGAUGUGUCCUCAAUUCCAAGGUUGAUGGUGUGGAAUAAGGUUGAUAAGGUUAGCAAUCCUGAAAGCAUCAAGUUGGAAGCAGAAAAGAGAGAUGAUGUUGUUUGCAUAUCUGCUCUGAGCGGCGAGGGUGUAAAUGAAUUCUGCAAUGCAGUCCAGGAAAAAUUGAAGGACUCUAUGGUAUGGGUGGAAGCCUUGAUCCCGUUUGAAAAAGGGGAGCUUCUCAGCACCAUACACAAGGUUGGAAUGGUGGAGAGAACGGAACAUACAGACAAAGGGACACUGAUCAAGGCACACGUCCCACUACGGUAUGCGAGGCUGCUAACACCAUUGAGGCAACUGUGCAUAUCAUGAUCUCAAUUUUCUUCAAUGACACAGAGAAAUAUGUGUAAUUAUUCUGUUGUAGAUAUAUAUAUAUAUAUAUAUGUAUAAUUUUUCUGUUGGGUGUAAGGUGCUUAUUAGAAACUAGAUACAGACCACAGAUGUAACCAAAUGCAUUUCUUGUCAGAUAAAUUUCUGACAUCUUAAACUCAGCCUUUCUCCA